AUGCUUCGUAAACGUCGGGUCCGACCACCCGUCAGUCCUCGAGACUAUUGUGAAGGGGAAGAGGGAACGGCCGCGUGCUUGGCCCAAGAUAAUCACGUGUCCUUCCGAGGUCACCGCGAUAUCAUGGCAGAUGGCUACGCUCGCGUGUUGGGACGCCCUCAAGCCGUCAUCGUCCACUUCGUCGUGGGCGACGGCAGCUUCAUGUGUGCGGCGCCGUCUAGUGCGCUUUGGGUCGGGAGGAAGUACGAGAUCCUUGUUCUCACGAUUGUGCUCAGCAACGAAGGGCAAGAAGAGCGCUCGAUUGCGCGACGCGAGAGGACGGUUCAUCAAGGCAAGCCCUUCAGGACGCUUCGGCCAGGACCAUACCGAUCCGGAGCUCGAAUUGCAACCAUUGAGCAGACCACCACCACGGGACGAGGGUUCGUCGCCAGCGGGGGAUGCGUCCUGAGGUGGAAUAGGAAUACCACGGCGGUUAUCCGAUCCGUCCGUGAAAAGAGGACGACGGUCUUCUGGUGGUUGGAUGCACAAUUCCGCCAGCAGAGAAGUACGACGUGGCUGGUCUACCUGACUGGAAUUCUAUUUCCAGCGGAUGGAAAGCACCGCGGAACUCAGCCAUGCUGGUAUACCUAUCCCAACGGCCUUAGCGCCGCGGCCUCGGACGACGAGAUUAACAUAUCAUUUUGGCCCACGCCUAACUAUGCCGCCCUCGCGGAGGCCGCGGCCAGUUCAGGCGCUGAUGGUGGAGACAUGACCGAGACUGGGGAGGGCGAAUGGAUGAAAGGCGUGCGGGCUAGGACGGUGGGCGAGUUUAAGGCAGCAAUUCAGCUUGCAAAGUCCAGGGUUAUCCAGCAGCGGAAAGGAAUGCUUUUAGAAGUAUUAAUGUGA